GUCAAAAAUUCCACCCGCAACACCUAACACCACCCACCCCCACACAUGCAAGACUGAUGAAAACUCGCAAGAAAACGCAUCUCAAAAACAACAAUCAUGGCAGACAAGAGGGAGAAAAUUGCAGCGGCUCGCAAAAAGCUGAAGCAAUAUCAAUCCAAACAGCAGAAAGCGGAUUCCUCGAGUCGAAAUGAGAGCGAAUCGGCUCGCGAAACACCACUUCCGGCGUCCAGUGACACCAGCAGCAUCGAUGCCGGGAGCCAGGAUACGGAAUUCCUGAACCACAAUUUCCAACCCAGCAGCAGUAAUCAGCCAUCCUCGUAUGGAGUAGCAAAUUAUUUUAACAAUAACAACAACGGCAAUGUGCAAGGUUUGUCGGAGCUGUUUUCGAUGGAACCACAGGUAGCGAGGCUGGAAAAUAUCGGUAUGGGUCAAGCGCCACCGAUGGAAGCCAGCGUGCACAGCAUUAAUCGUAUUUCGGAAGAAAUCGGUCAGUUGAUUGCGAACGCCAGUGCCGAUUUGGGACCACAGAACACAAUUUUAGAGCUAGAAUCGGAAAAGGCAGAUUUGCUUCGAACAUUGAAUGCUCAAAAGCUGGACAAUGACGAACUGCGUUUGCGUCUUCGCAAUCAACAGUCUACGGUGGAAGAUCUGAAGAAUGAGAUUGAAAAACUACGGCUAGAGAACAGUACCAAGGUAACGAGUGAGCUUGGUCCCAUUCAGGAACAGCUCCAAUCGCAAACGCAAGCGGUUGGAGUUUUGGUUGCCCAGAAUGCUGAACUGACCGCGUCCAUUGGCAAAUAUCAAACGUUGGUAAAAGAACGUGCAACCGAAAAUGACGAAUUGCAGAAUCGCCUAAAAGCUUCUCGAUCAACGGUUCAGAAACUAGAGAAAGAAAUAGAAACGUUGAAGCAAUCUGGCCAGAGGUUCGAACAACUGGAACAAACAAUUGGAUCCCAACUAAAUGAAUACCAAGAAGAGUCCAAUCGUUUCCGCAAGUUGUACGAAGAUCUGCAAGAAGACCUCGCUGAACUAAAACAGAAACUGGUCAUUAAAACGCAGGAGUUUCAGUCCACCCAAACGGAACUGGAACAAACGAGGUCCGAUCUCAACUUAGCCAGAUUGCGAAUCGAUCAGUUGUCCUCGGACGAUGAUCUGGAUUAUAAUGCGAAAAUCGAAUCCCUCACCCAGCAGAACCUAAUCAAGCAGCAACAGAUUAAAGACCUACAGGAUGUGAUUCGGCAAAUUGGUGGCGAAAGGGACCAAAGUAGCCAACUGUACCAAACUUAUGUGCUGCAUCUCAAUAAAGAAGUAGCCAACUUAGCUGAUCGCAUUCAGGAAUUAACCGAUGAGAAUAAUAGGCUUGCCUCGCGAGAAGAAAAUCUCGUUCAGCAUGUAGGCGAGCUGGAGCGACAAUUGCAACAGCAAAUCAGCAAGCAACAGAAGUACGCUGCCCAGCAGGACAGUUCCUUGGAAAUUUCGGAGCAUCAGAGCGCAAUGGAGGCAGAAAUAAAGUUACUGAAAGAGAAAGUGGCCACCAUGGAAGUGGAACGUGCCGAAUAUAUGAAACAGAACGAAUCGGUCGAACAACUGCAGCAGCGAUACGAGGAACAGUUGAAAACCGGUGAGGAGCGCAUCGCCGAGUUGCAACUCGCAGUGGAAAGGCUUCAGGUGGACAAACCGGACGUGGCUAAGCUGAUGAGCGAAAUCGAAAGCGGCAAGGUGGGAGCAUCACGUGCAGUAGCCCAAAACAUGGAACUCAAGCAGCAACUGCAGGAAAUGCAACGUGCUUUUGUGCAGAUUAGUAACGAUAAACUCGAGUUGACAGAUAAAUUGCAGACAGAGUUACAUUUGGGGAAAGAAAUGAAAGCUACCUACGGCCGUUUGGAAGAGGAACUAAACUCAAUUCGAGAAAAGCUGCACUACAAAGAUGAGGAAAUGAUUCGACUAACUCAUGAGAAUACUGAAUUGCAGAAACAGGUUUUACUACACAACCAGGAACUGGAUCGAUUGAGACACUAUGAAAGCCAUGCAAAUGAUGGAAAAGUUCUCCAAAUAGAGCUACAGCGAACUCAAGAACAGUUACGCGAACUUCAACAAGGUCAAAGCUGUAAUGAUCAUAAUGGUGAGCAUAAUGAUGCCCAUCAUGAAGAGCACCAUCAUCAGCAUCAUCACCAUCACCAUAACCAUGACCAUGAUCAUAAUAACGAUCACGAUCUUCACCGUGAAGUGGAAAUUCUGAAACAGGAAAAAGAAGAGCUAAUAAAACUUCUCAACAGCCUCCAGAGUAGAGUUGGAUCCAGAAGUAAUCCCGAUCAAACGAAUUCCGAACAAAUGAUUGACAAAACUGAUAGCAUCAGUGACAAUAUUUCCACGGUCAGCAUUCCAACGCACGAAGCGAUGGAAAAAUUACAGCAACGCUUCAAGCGAACGAUGCUCGAGGUGGCCGAACUAACCGAUGAAAAACAACGCCUAGAACAUCUCGUUCUGCAGCUUCAAGGAGAAACGGAAACAAUCGGCGAGUACAUUACACUGUAUCAGCAGCAGCGACGAUUAUUGAAACAGAAAGACAUGGAACGGGACCAUCAGCUGUUGCAACUGGCUAGUGAUCGAGAAAAGAUGAAACUAAAACUCAAAGAACUAAACUUCCUUGUCCACCAAUUGGUGCAGGAAAAGGUUGCCACAAUUCCUAACACAUUGUCAGCUUUUGAGCAGCAAUGUCAGCAACAACAACAACUGUCCUCUUCCUCUACUCCAGUGCCCACCAUUGAUUUGCACUCGGUAGGAGAACCCCAAGAACAAGGUGCAGCACACCCGCAACAAGCUACCAUCGAAAAUGGUGACCAUCAUCAACACCCAACAGCAAUCAACACCUCGGUGCACAUUAAACCAACGGAAACGGCCGGCCGGAUAUUAUCGCUUCUGUCGGACAUCAAAGAAGCUAACAUCCCUUAUGGCAGUGGCGUGCAGCAUUGUUCCUGCUGUUCCGGGCGGUUAGAAACGGUCUAAAACCGAACAAUAAAUCCUGUAUCCUUAUCUUUUAGUCAUUAUCAAUAAUCGUAUUUUCGCUGUGUGGGUGCCUACUUACCCUACUAUAACUGCAUCAUCUUGUACUAACAGCAACGGCAGCAGACAGCCUGCUGCCCCGUCGUCGUGAGGAAAAGUGCAAAACGUGUGUGGCCGCACCCGAUUUUUGACGGGUUUUGAUGCCGCACAAACCUACUUGUUAAGAAACGCGUAAUCGGAGUGCUUUACAGUGUAACUGUGUUUUUUUUCUUCUUCAUUUUUAUGUGAACCCCUUGGAUAUCAUGAUAAUAUAUUAGCAA